GCAUCAAUGUUUCAGGCUGCGUCUCUCUCCACGUCAGCUGAUUUUUCCUAUGACGGCGACUGUCACAAGCACGUUAAUCGUGCGCGUUUCUGCAGUCUUUGGCAGUCCUCGAACGGCCGUUGCGACGUGCGUAUGCGCGGCACGCGUCAUCCAUUCUUUUACUUUGGUUUCGCUAUCGUCGAGUAUUGUGCAUGUGUGUGUGCGUGCACGAGGUACGUACUGUAUCUGCGAAGUAGUGCGAGAUGUUUUCAGUGUCGCCGAUUAACGCACGUUUUCUUCACGUAUGACGUACCUCACGAGAAAACGAAGAUGGUAUCUCGAAACAGGCCGAUUAAAAUUACGACCGUCGGCGAUGGCAUGGUCGGAAAAACAUGCAUGCUCAUCACGUAUACGCAGAAAGAAUUCCCAACGGAAUAUGUACCUACCGUUUUCGAUAAUUACGUCGACAACAUAUGUGUGGGUGGACAGCAAUUUGAAAUGACGUUAUGGGAUACAGCUGGUCAAGAAGAUUACGAGCGACUUAGGCCAUUAUCGUAUCCAAACACUGACUGUUUCCUGAUCUGUUUCUCCAUAAGCGCUCGUAGUUCCUUUGAAAAUGUAGCGAGUAAAUGGCAUCCGGAACUCAAAGCGCAUUGUCCCAAUGUGCCGAUUAUACUCGUGGGUACCAAGGCAGAUCUCAGGAAUCAAGAAAAUUUGGAUAUUGUCAGUUUUCGAGACUGCAACAAAAUGAGAAAAAAAAUUAGGGCAAUUAGAUAUGUCGAAUGUUCUGCUAUAAAACAGGAGGGUCUCGAGGAAGUCUUUGUGGAAGCUAUUAAAGCUGUACUGAAAAAACCCCGAUCGAGAAAGCUCUGCUGCAUCCUUUGAAAUGUCAAGUACUGAAAUUAAUGCAAUUAGUUUUGAAUUAGGAGUAUAGUUAUUAAGAUCAAUGUUAAACCAAAGAUUUCUUCGCAUCUUUUCUUUGUGCCUUUCUUGUACAUUUUAUAUAUUCUUAUCAUUCCUGAAGCACAUUAUUUUCUUUUUCUGUAUAGACAAAAGUUCUCUUUUAUCGUAUAUAGAAAGAUAUAUAUAU